CCCAGAUCUCUCCCUUAGUUUCGGAGGUAAAAACACUAACAAUGGUCUUUUUUUCGUUCCUUUGGCUCCUGGUGCUUUUCCUUCUCCACAAAACUCUUCUUGGACAUGCCUGGGCCUUGAACAAUUUUCUGAUGACUGGACCCAAGGCCUAUCUGACGUAUGCCAGUAGCGUGCAAGUGGGCGCGCAGAGCGGGAUCCAGGAAUGUAAACACCAGUUUGCUUGGGACAGGUGGAACUGCCCGGAGAGUGCGCUCCAACUAUCAACUCAUAAAGGCCUUCGAAGCGCUACGAGCGAGACCUCUUUCGUGCACGCGAUCAGUGCAGCAGGUGUCAUGUACACACUGACCCGCAACUGUAGUCUCGGGGACCUGGACAACUGCGGCUGUGACGGCUCGAGAAAUGGUCAAAUUGGUGGGCGUGGGUGGUUGUGGGGCGGCUGCAGUGAUAACUUGGACUUUGGGGAAAGGAUGUCAAAACAGUACGUGGACGCGCUUGAGACUGGCCAGGACUCACGGGCGGCUGUCAACCUUCAUAACAACGAGGCCGGUAGACUGGCGGUGAAAGCCACCAUGAAGCGCAUCUGCAGGUGCCACGGUAUGUCUGAGAGUUGCUCGGUUCAGACCUGCUGGAUGCAGCUGUCUGACUUCAGAGACAUCGGCAACUACCUCAAAAUCAAACACGACCAGGCGCAGAAACUGGAAAUGGACAAGAGGCGGAUGAGGUCGGGGAACAGCGCCGACAACAGGGGCGCCAUUGCGGACGCGUUCAGCAGCAUCGCCCGAACGGAGCUCAUUUACCUGGAGGAAUCUCCGGACUACUGCAGUCAGAACGCCAGCCUGGGCCUUCACGGUACUGAGGGAAGGGAGUGCCUGCAGCAAGGCGAGGGCUUGAACCAGUGGGAGAAGAGGAGCUGCCGCCGGCUGUGCCAUGAGUGUGGCCUGAGGGUGGAGGAGAGGCGGACAGAGACAGUUAGCAGCUGUAACUGUAAGUUCCAAUGGUGCUGCACGGUCAAGUGUGAGAACUGCUCUCAAGUGAUGGUCAAACACGUGUGUGCCAGAAGAGAGGGAGGCCACGGACACAACUACAGGAGGAGAUACCGAGGACCUAAAUGAAGGAAAAGAGGGAGGCCUGUGGUUUUAUUCUAUGCAAACUAUUAUGAUGGCAAAUGUUAAAUCAUGAGUUUUUGUCUUAUUUCAAAUCUAUCUUUAUUCACAAAGACUGUCCUCCACGUGAUUAUGUUAAAUGUUCUGCACUUCCCCCGUCACCCACCCACGUUUGUCUUACUG